AUGGCGCGAACUUCAAGCAGCCGGGUGUCCAAGACAGCCUCUGGUGCUGCUGCUGAGUACGAUGACUACGAGAUGACCUCCACGGCCGAGGCUGCAGCAAGUGGGCGUGAGACAGACAAGAGCGUAGGCCUGACGGCCGCCGGCUUCCAAGAAAGCUCCGGCCCCGUCGGGGACCUACAGCAGAGUCUCUCGCAAUGGGGUGAGUCAAGAGCAUUCAAGGGCGACGUGGGUGAUGAUGAUGAGCAAGCAUCCGAACAUGAACUUCUCUUAGAUCCUGCCCUCCCCGAGGAGUACGACGCGCGACCAGGAGCCCAGCGGGAUAGUGUGGCCGACGACGAGCUCGCCAUGGACAAGGAGGACGAGGAGGACUCUCCUUAUGCCGAAGUCCGCUCCGCCGUUCGAAAUUACGAUGAGGACGCGCCUUGCAACACCAUACGAGCCUGGACAAUCGGCUUGCUCCUUGUCGUCCUCGGUGCCUCUAUGAACACGUUCUUCUCGCUACGCUUCGCCGUCCAUUGGCAUCAGCCCCCUCGUCGCUCAGAUCAUAUCAUGGCCCAUGUGCCAUGGCUGGACCAAAUCGCCUAUGCUACGGACAUUAUCCUGGCCCAGCUCGUCUUUUACAAGCAGGAUUUUGGUCUCACCUUUCAGAUGCUGCUAACCAUCUCGACGCAAUCCCUGGGAUACGGCAUUGCGGGUAUUCUGAGGAAGUUUCUCGGUAUGAUUUUCUCGCCGCCCCUUACCCCUUGUGCAAGCAUCCCGGCUGACCUCGCAGUUUAUCCCGCGUCCAUGAUCUGGCCCGGCGUUUUGGUGUCUGUGACCCUGAUGAAUGCCAUGUACGAUCGCAGCGACAGACCCGACCCCUCUAUUCUCGGCGGCAGAAUGCCGCGCUACAAGUGGUUCGCGCUGGUCACUCUGGGAGCGUUCUGCUACUACUGGAUUCCCGGAUACUUUGUCAAGUGCCUGAGCGUGUUUGCGUUUGCGACUUGGAUGGCCCCCAGAAACCCUGUUGUGAAUCAGCUGUUCGGUGGCUCGACAGGUCUCUCACUGUUGCCUCUAACAUUUGAUUGGACGCAGAUUUCGGGUUUCGUUGGUUCUCCUUUGAUUCCUCCCUGGGAAGCCAUUGCCAACACGAUGGUCGGCGUCAUCUUCUUCUUCAUCACCUUGUGCUCCAUCUUCCACUACACCGGCGUCUGGUACGCGCAAUACCUGCCCAUGAGCGACUCGGGCACCUACGACAACACCGGGCAACGGUACAACACGAGCCGCAUCCUCAGGCCCGACAUGACGCUGGACGAGGAGGCCUACAAGAACUAUUCGCCUCUGUUCAUCAGCACAACGUUUGCCAUGUCGUACGGCCUGUCGUUCGCCGCCAUCUCAUCUCUUAUUGUGUACACAUACCUGCAUAACGGAAAGCAGAUCUGGCAGCAGUACCAAAACAGUGCCAAGGAGAAGCCUGAUGUUCACAUGAGACUCAUGAGGAAGUAUAAGGAGGCUCCAAGCUGGUGGUAUUGGUCUCUCUUCGCCGUCAUGCUUGGUCUAGGGUUUGUGGCCGUUCUAGGAUACCCUACCAUGAUGACCUGGUGGGCAUUCCUGCUGUCCGUGGCCAUUUCCUUCUUCUUCUCAGUGCCGAUCGGCAUUAUCCAGGCAGUCACGAAUCACCAGAUCGGCCUCAACGUCAUGACCGAGUUUGUGUACGGAUAUAUCCAGCCCGGCCGACCGCUGGCGUUGAUGAUUUUCAAGACGUUUGGCUACAUCACCAUGUCUCGCGCGCUCAGCUUCGUAGCUGAUCUCAAGUUUGGCCACUACAUGAAGAUCCCACCGCGCACCAUGUUCUGGGCCCAGGUUGUGUCGACAACAGUCUCGUGCGUCAUCCAGAUCUUCGUCCUCAACGGCGCGCUUCAGCGCGUGGAGGGCGUCUGCACUCCGGAGCAGGUGGACCGCUUCACAUGCCCCGGUGCGCGAGUAUUCUUCGCGGCGUCGGUCAUCUGGGGUCUCCUGGGCCCGGCGCGCAUGUUCUCCCCCGGCCAGAUCUACUCGGGCCUCUUCAUCUUCUUCGGCGUCGGCGCUGUGGUGCCCAUUGUCAUCUACUUUGCUGCGAAGCGCUGGCCCAAGUCGCCCUUCAGCUUCCUCAUGGCGCCACUCAUCUUUGGCGGUGCCGGAAGCAUCCCGCCGGCGACGCCGCUGAACUAUCUCAGCUGGGGCAUCGUGGGGAUGACUUUCAACUACUGGAUUCGCAAGCGCCACUUUGGAUGGUGGUCGCGGCUGAACUUCCUGACAUCGUCGGGUCUAGACCUCGGUCUGGCGCUCGCGACGCUCGUUAUCUUCUUCGCGCUAUCGAUGCAUAAGAUUGAGCCGCCCAAGUGGUGGGGCAACACUGUGUACAAGGAGACGAUGGACUUUAAAAAUGAAGCCAUUCAGGCCUUCGUAGACCCCACGGUUGAAUUGGAUGUCCUUGGCAAGAGCAAGGCAGUUGAAAGCGUGUCAAACAUGAACAUGCAGGGUGAUACUGUAUGA